GUGUGAGCUCUUUAAUUCAUUGACUCCUACUAUUUCCCUUCCAAAUAUUUUCUUGCACAGUGUCUUAGGGUUUUGGCGUUCUUCCUGCGAGGGUCGAUGAUCCGGCACAGAUCUUCGCACGUGAAUUGCCAGUAGGUCGGAUUUUCAGGAUUUCGGAUGGAGGAAUCGAAGGCGCAUGGAGCCGAUCAGAGCAAGGGUUUUGUCCGCGCGGAUCUGCUCAAUCUCGCCGACCUCGACCUGGAUGCUACUCUGGAGAAGCACAUAAAGGUCCCGGCCGCUGGAAAGCCCGGCGAGCAGUCGAAUCAAUCCAGGCCCAGAGUCAGGGAGGAAUGGGAGAUCGAUAUUGCCAAGCUCCAGCUCAACGACAUCAUCGCUCAUGGAACUUAUGGAGUUGUGCACCGUGGCGUCUACAAUGGCCAGGAUGUCGCGGUGAAGCUACUAGACUGGGGGGAAGAACAAGCAAUGUCACAAGCUCUUGUUAACACCUUACGUGCUUCUUUUCAACAAGAAGUGGCUGUCUGGCAAAAGUUGGAUCAUCCCAAUGUGACCAAGUUUGUUGGAGCUUGCGUCGGAUCGCCGGAUCUCCAAGUCGCGUCCACCGGUGGAUUCGUUCGUAUAUCUUCGAACAUUUGUUGCGUUGUCGUCGAGUACCUCGCGGGUGGAACUUUGAAGCAGUUCCUCAUCCAGCAUUGUCGAAAGAAGCUCCGGCUCAAGGUCGUGAUCCAGCUAGCCUUGGACCUUUCCAGAGGGCUUGACUAUCUUCACUCUAAGAAGAUAGUUCACAGGGACGUGAAAUCGGAGAAUAUGCUGCUUGACAAUAAGCGGCGAGUUAAAAUCGCCGACUUUGGGGUGGCCCGCGUCGAGGCUCAGAAUCCCAAAGACAUGACCGGCGAAACUGGCACGGUGGGAUACAUGGCUCCUGAGGUGUUAGAUGGCAAACCUUACAACCGAAAGUGCGACGUCUACAGCUUUGGAAUCUGCCUGUGGGAGAUUUACUGCUGUGACAUGCCUUUUGCGGACUACAGCUUUGCAGACAUGACAUAUGCGGUUGUGCACCAGGACUUGAGACCAAACAUCCCUGGCUGCUGCCCGCCUCCUCUAGCGAAUAUCAUGCGAAAGUGUUGGGACGCGAAUCCGGAUAGAAGACCCAACAUGAGCGAAGUCGUCCAGCUCCUGGAAGCCAUCGAUACGAGAAAAGGCUCGGGCAUGACCCCGACCGAGACGCGAUCCGGCUGCUUUUGCUUCCACUGAGCAAAUUUCACUGGAAAGAACAAAGAGGGGGAACAAGGAUGACCAAGAACAAAGAAGAACAAGCGAGCAAGCAUGGAAGCAAAGAAACAACGCAUAGUGUAAGUAGCUUAUAAACACCAAUUUUUGUGUUCCAUUCUUUUUGGUGGUUUGUGUACAUAUAUAUCCUUCCUUCUUAUGAUUGUUUAAUCAGUCA